UAAUAUUGUGUAUUUAUUUGUAUUAUUAAGUUAUUGUUAAUUUUAACCCAAAAAUCAAUCGCAAUCUAAAUAGUUUUGUAAAGAUGGUUAAACUUAAGAAGGGAACUAAAAGGCAAGAACUUGCCAGAAAAUACAAUAUCCAGCGUAUGGUAUCAGCCCAUAAGAAAAAACUUCGAAGAAUGGCCAAAAAAGGCUUAAAAGCUCCUACAAAGGCUAAGAUCCCUGAAAUACCAAAUUGUAUAUUCAAAAAGGACAUUUUAUCUAAUUUAAAAAGAACCAAAGAAAUAAACGACAGGAAAAAGGAGUUGCAAAAGGUUAAUAAACAAAAAUUACAGGAAUAAUUUUAUUUAAAAUUCAA